GGUAAAGCCUCCCGGCGCCGGCCAUGCGGGGAGAUGCUUAGAAAAUGGUGAAUGUGUAACAGUUUCCAACUGAAGUGAAAUCAUUCUUUUGGCAUGGAGCAAGCUGCACUAUCUUCUGUCUACUCUAUAACGUUGCUGAAGUAAAGGAACCCUGCAGCCUCCCCAUGCUAUCUGUUGACAUGGAAAACAAGGAAAAUGGCUCUGUCGGUGUAAAAAAUUCCAUGGAGAACGGGAGGCCACCCGAUCCUGCAGACUGGGCCGUGAUGGAUGUCGUCAAUUAUUUCCGAACCGCAGGAUUCGAAGAGCAAGCUAGUGCGUUUCAGGAACAGGAAAUUGAUGGAAAAUCCCUGCUACUGAUGACAAGAAAUGAUGUGUUGACAGGACUUCAGUUAAAAUUGGGGCCUGCUCUGAAAAUCUAUGAGUAUCAUGUAAAACCUCUGCAGACAAAGCAUUUAAAGAACAACUCUUCAUAG